UUCCGUCUCAGUCACCUUUAUUUCCAGCAUAGUAUUGAAGCUGCGAAUAUAGUGCUGUCCUUUCCGGAUGCUGCGUAUGCCCUCCUACGUUCUAAGCUAGGCCUUUCGGCUCAACGAGGGAACAAUGCUGGAAGCCUAUCCCCCAAAGAUGUCCGGACCUUGCGAGGCGCCCGCCGUUUGGAAGCCACUUUCCGUCACGGUGGCCGGACUCCUACUGGGUCUGGUGGGGACUCUGACCUUCGUCGUCGGAUUCGCCUGGCUGAACAACCGCACCGUCUACGCCUCGGGCCUGGCGCUCUUCUUUGCGAGCGUUGCAAUGGUCACCAUCAGCAUGGCCGUCUACAAGACACAGCUGGAGAUGCACAGGCACCGCACCCAGCACCAAUACUACGUCACAGAUUACGGCAAGCUCGACGAAUACGACGAAAGUGGUGACGUCGGCGCGGACGUCAUACGCAAAUCCGGCCGGCCGGGUCCCUCGCCUGCACCGCCAUACACCAUCGUGGUUCUCGAGAGCGCAGCUGGAUGGUGCGGCACCACAGCGCAACCGCAGGUUCUCUUUCCGCAGCACGAUGGCAGAAGCCCCACGUAUAUCUAGCCGAAGAGGCGCUGCGCAUUGCCUGAAAUCACAACCGUAGACCAGAGUCCUCCGUAAGAGCGGGGGAUUCGAAUCCAAUGUCGAUUCAGAUUCUUAACCUACGAGCGUUGUACUUUUCCACAAAUAUUAGGGACUUAAGAAGUCGUUUUUUUGUGAACACAAGUAUGCGGCUCAAAACACAAAACUAGAAGAAAUGUAGAAAAAACUAGAACAUCAUGCUGUUUUCUUGCGUUUUCUUCAAAUGUCUUUCAGACUUGCCUUAUCAUUGUCCCUUGUUUUGCUUGCGAAAAAAAACUGCGCUGUGUAGAAAAAUUGGAAACGUUUUAUUUUUAAUGUUUUAUGGAAACAUUAACCUUAAAUUGCCAGCUGUGUUGAUAAAUUGUGCCCUGAAAUAGUCAUGAAGUUUAUUUAUUCAGUCUGAUGGGUAGAAAGGUAGUCAUGUUGUUUAGCUGACAAAACAUUUUUUUUUUUUUUUUACCGAACCGCACUGUUAUGCGAACCGGGUCCAUGCAGAGAAUAUAUUGUGAGGGGAUGUACCAAUGGUAUCUAUUUCUAGACGGCGUUUAUUUGUAUUGUUUUCAGGAAUAAUUCUGAAAGCAGCUCUUGCUCUACAGACGUGUUUAUUCUAACAUGACUAUUUUAGGGCCAUGAGGAUGAUUACUAUACUAUAUAUCGACAAUGAAAGCGACAUAUCUGCGAUCAUGUUUUGCCAAUACGUUGUACUCCGUUACUGCCAAAAACAAAUGCCAUAGAAACGAACAUUAAUAUUUUCGCGUCGACGGCAUGUCCGCUUUAAAAAUAAAAGCGUCUUCAAAGAAUAUAUAAACUAUUUUGAUAAUAGUUCAAAUAUGUAAUCUCAAUUAAAUUAUAUAUUGCGGGAAUGCGCAAUAACUCUUUUGAAAUGUAAACACGAUUUGUCGACGCGUUCAGUACAGCACGAGGGAGCAACUUAAAAGGAAAGUCACCCUGAUACUGACUUUGAUAAACGUACUAUAAUCAAUAUUCGCAGGACUCGUAGAGAAAAGUCCAAUCCCUGUUAUUUUAAAGUUGAACGGCUCAUCCUCCACUCCUCCGAAUUGUCCGUUUUCUAACAUAAGUUAUGCGUAUCCAGUCAAGCGCUUACGCUCUUCAAUAUCUUUAAGUGCAUAAAAUGUAUUAUAAAAAAAUUGUCGUUGGAUGUUACAACUCAUCAAGAUCAUUAUUCUUCAAAAUACUGUCGGAAGGUAGAAACAAAAGCUGCCACUGCAUCGUAUUUUAUGUAAAACCACGCAAUGUGCUGAACCCGGUCUCUUAACUCGGUUUGUAAGUAUCAGAGUGACGUCAUGAGCCAGAUCUGAUUAGAAAAUGCCACGCCUGUUCACAGAUGGCACCAUCGCAAUUUCAUGCUUAUCAUACUCUCCUUCAAAUUUUAUAUACAUCACCUGAGCAAUCCCUAAGAUAUAUCGAAUGACUAUUUUACAGACAAAUCGUUCGGUACUGCCUUCGACAUCGUUCUUUUAUUCUUUGCGACACGCCCGCGAUUCUAGUGAUCUUUGUAUUCCUAAGUGUUAAUAAAAAUCAAGAAAUCCAAAAAU